AUGCAAUAUAGCCUGACAACAUCUCAGAUUAUGGUGGAAACUGAUUCUUAUACUUUAUUUCAAAUGGUGAGAGGAUUAGCUGCUGUUCCAUGGAAGAUGCAAUAUCUAUUAGAAAGGAUUAAGCUGUUGUUUAAAUUUCUGAAUUUGCAAAUCAAGCACAUUUAUAGGGAAGCUAAUGGUCUGGCUGACUUCUUAGCUUCCUUUGCUGUUAAAUCAGAACAGUGCACUGAAUUUUCUGCAAAUAAUAUUCUGCCAUCUAUUGGGAGGGUUAUAAUGCAACAAGAUUUAUAUGGAUUUCCCUUUGCCAGAUUGAAGAGAUUGAUAUGUGAACAAAGAGAAGAAUCAAGAGCAGUUCUUCAGUAUCUGUUGGUUGCUCCUUUUCCAUUCUGCCUGAGCUAUCUUCUGGACUUCUUUUGUGAGCUUUUGAGUGUGGAUGAUCAGAAAAGUUGGUUAUUAAUGAAUAGUGCAUUUAUGAGAGCUGUAUCUGGACUAGCUCUGACUGUUGGGCUUCCACAUGGGAUUACUUCUAGCUUAGUCCUAUACCUGCCUUUUCUUUCUGCUCAUAGCAUGGUCUGGAAGAACAACUCCUUGACAACUGUUGAUCCUUUGGGAGGGAAUAACACUAUUUCUAUGCCUCUUAUCUCUCAUGUUAAUCGAAACAAGCCGACAGUUCAACUGUCCUCUGUUCUUCCUGCGAAUGUUCAACUGGCCUCUGUUCUUCCUGCGAAUGUGUCUACUGCUACGAACAAUCAAAUUUCUUCUACUGAGUUAGGAAUUCAAUUUCCUCCUUAG